GAGGCGAGAUGUGCAGGAACGAGGCAAGGUGUGCAUGACGUCUUUAUGACAGUCCCGAGCCAGACACAGUGAGGGGAACGUUAUUCAAAGGUGGCGGCGCGGCGAGGGAGUAGCAGGUGACCCGCAGGUGCAGUGUUGAGUGUGUGCAAGUGGUGGAACAGUAUCCAGAACCAGCAGCUGCCAUGUGGGGGAGUGAAGACUUGACUCAUGAGGCUCGUGGAGUGUACGAGGCCUUCGACUGUGCCCAGGCAGUAGCGCUCAUUGCCUUCAUUGGUCUCCUCUCCAAUUUUCAGGACACAAUAGAGGAGUUCACCAAUCAGAUGAACGGGAAAAAGCGGCGGCGACGCAGUGAAGGACCAGCAGAGGGAUGGAAGGAUGCACUUUACUCAGCCUUAGAAGCCUUUGGAUAUGGAACUGAGGUAUUCCAGCCAGCAAGUGAACCUGAAUGUUUGGGAAACAUAACACAAGAAAAGGAUGUUGAGCAGCCAGAUUUCAGGCAGAUGAACAAUGCAAUUUCAAAAGAUACUUUCCAGGAUACCUCAGACCAGAAUGAAAUGCCUUCAAAUCAUGAGCAAGAUGAUGCCAAGCAGAAGAGGCAUUUUCUGCAGGACCUGGCACACACUGGCUAUGUGCUGGCGUUGUGGCUCGUUGACACGGGUGAUGGGCGGGUGUCUGGAGAGGAAGGCCAUGCUGGAGUGUGUCGUGCCAGUCGUUCCCUUACCAACACUCAUGGCUGGUUGGGUUCUGUGGCAGCCCAACUAUUAACGAACACACUGGCAGCUGGCCUCUCACAGCACCAAGACAGCAGGGAGCUUCUCGAGAAGGCUGGUCUGUCUGCUGGAACCAUGGUCUGCUAGGAUUUAUAUCAGCAUCUUCUAAGUUUCCAAUAUAUUUGUUUUAUAUGUUACUAGUAAAAGUACAAGUAGAAGUAAUGUGUUUAUUGUCAAAAGUAAAUCAACUUUAACUUCUAAGCUUAUGGUGUAUGAAUGUACAAAUACAGAAUUUACUCUCAUUUUCGUGAU